CCCAACUUCUUCCAAACUGUCCCGGGACUCUGAGCUGCGCUUCUCCCGCUCCCCUCAGCUUCCUUAGGAUUUAGUUUCUCAGGGAUGGCCGCAUCUAUUCUGGAGGUAGGGAAUGUAAUUGAAGAUGCACGCUAUGGCUCCAGUCCUCUGGCUAUGUUAACUGCUACCUGUAACAAGUUUGGCAGCACAAGCCCCAUCAGGGAUUCGGCUACACCCGGUAAGAUCAGCAGCGCUACUCCAGUCAAGAAGUCUUACAUCAUGACCUCUGACCUUCAGACAGCAAAGAACGGGCGGACCGCAGACGGCAGCGGCCUGGCGGACUCCUACACUGGCUCCUUCACCACAGCUGGAGGAGGAGGAGGUGGCGGGCUGCUUACCCCCACUGGAAGCCCCCCUCCUUCAGCCGGAGGCUACACUACAGAAUAUAACCCCUUCUCCCACUCCUUCCAAACCUCCAUCUCCCAGGAUCCUUCUCUUUUAGUGUCCAAGGCCCACGCCACGGCCGACUGCCUCACCAGUGUCUAUACCUCGCUGGACAUGACACACCCCUAUGGCUCCUGGUAUAAAGCUGGUAUCCACCCUGGCAUUACUGCUGCUCCAGCUAAUGCCACGUCCUCCUGGUGGGAUGUCCACCCAAACUCCAACUGGCUGUCAUCAACUCAGCCCCAGGCGGACGGAGGUCUCCAGGCGUCCCUGCAGCCUGUGGCACCCCAGGCCUCUCUAAGCCCACAGCUCCCCAGUUACAGCACCGACUUUACACCACUCAACCCGGCUCCUUACCCUUCAGUGGGACUGGGCUCCUCCUCACACCUUCUCCAGCCCUCUCAGCACAUGCUGCCCCAGGACAUGUACAAGCCCAAGCCUGUGCAAAGUGCAGGGCUGAUUGAGAAUCCCAUGGGCCUAAAGCCCGCUAGGGGAUCAGGAGGCUACGGAGGGGGUGCACCCACCAGGUCCUCAUGUGAUUGCCCCAACUGCCAAGAGCUGGAGAGGCUGGGGGCCUCGGCUGCAUCCCUGAGGAAGAAGCCGGUCCACAGCUGCCACAUCCCAGGCUGUGGGAAAGUCUACGGCAAGGCCUCCCACCUCAAAGCCCACCUGCGCUGGCACACUGGCGAGCGGCCCUUUGUUUGCAACUGGCUGUUCUGCGGAAAGCGUUUCACCCGCUCGGACGAACUGGAGAGGCACGUGCGCACCCACACGCGGGAGAAGAAGUUCACUUGUCUACUCUGCAACAAGCGCUUCACGCGCAGCGACCACCUCUCCAAGCACCAGAAGACCCAUGCGGAUUCUGCAAUACAGGGCAAAGCUGUAGCCGGGGAGGGAGAGACAGAUCCACGGAGUGAGGAGACCACAGAGCUCAACACCAGCUCUGUACCCACCAAUCCUGUCACUGACCAAAUCACCAACGGAGAUGAGAAGACUGGCACACCUAAUGGAGUUGAGAACACCAGUGGACUGUUGGAGAUCUGACUUCAUUACGUCCUCUAUCCAGUACUAUGAGAGACAUGGUGGGUGUUUUAUGGGGGAAAAAAUCACCUUUUACAUUAAAAAGACAGUAUUUUGUUUCCAGACAUGCAAAGAAUAUCAGACCGUGUUUAAAAAGACGUGUCAUGAUAAAUGACUGAGCAUGUUGCAGGUAGCAAUCGCUUAAUUUUCUCUGGACCACACACACACACACACACACACACACAAACACAAACACACACACACAAACACACAGACACACACACACACACACACAAAGAAACACACAGACACACACACACAAAUAUGAGCAAGCUGCAUAUAUACACCAAUGCACAAAUGCAUGCAAGCAGACACAAAUACACACAUAAAUAUGAGAAACCAAGCCAUGAUGUAAAUGGAAACAAAUAAAACACACAUAUGUGCACAUAGAAAAGCACAGAAAUUACUAUGAGCAAAUGUGCAAGAAUAUAUGAGUGUGCAUAUACACACACACACACACACACACACACACACACACACAGACACACACACACACUCAAUUUCUGCCUUUCAAAUGAGACAAACCACUGGGGAAAUUUAAUCUGCAAAAGCAGAAGGAAAAGAGCUCUGAAGCCGCAAAAGGAAAGUAGUUUUAGAAGGAGACUUAUGGUUAGGAUGAUGGAGUUGAUGGAGCAUUGCAUGCCUAGAGAAAAAUCCGAUUCACAGCUGUACUUUGAUACUUAUUCAUUAUUCUUAAAACAAUCAAUGGAUAGACUUACUUACUGCUUCUUGUUGCCAAAGACAUUUUGAAGUAAAAUGUUUUGCAUUUCAUUUCUGUUUGCAUCUCACUAUGUCUAAUUUAAUUUCAUAUUUACAUAAAUAAUCUAAUUUAUGUCUUAAAUUAUACACAUGGAAGAUUAUCUUGCACCCUGCAGGAAAUAUAAUGCCUGAAUUAAUGCAAGAUGGUUGAAGCUGGCCAAAAAGAAAAGAAAAUGCAUUAAAUUAAAGACAUUUUUUUCCUUAUUUAUUAGUUAUAACAUGGAGUUUGGGGCUUUGUUUUUAAAGAUUUAUUUAUAGAUCUUGAAGUUAGAUGUGCGUGUAAACUAUUUCUAUAUAAUCUCUUAAUUGUGAAAUCUUCCACACCUGGCAAAGUAAUGAUUAAUAAGGGUUCAUCCUUGUUUGUACAUACUAUAUAUUUACAACAAUAUAUAGAUAUUGUUAAGGUGUGUUAUUUUUCUACUUUUUUAUGUAUUUUCUAUAUUUUGUGUAACUUUCCACGAUGAAAAGACCUCUAUGUUGCAUCCGUAUAAAGAAACAUAAACAUAAGAGCUGAAUUUGUUAUUCAUAAUUUUGCUCAUCGUAGAAUUGAAUAACCACUGUUUGCUGACUUGUUGUGAAAUGAGUGUAUAAGAUAUUGUAAAUAGUGAUUAAGCAUUAAACCUCGUAAAGGUGAACAUUGUAAAAGUUGUGGUGUGGAAUCAUGACAAUUGUGGUGCUUUCAAAAGUAAAGAAAUUUCAAAGGCA